AUGGGCGUGACCGUCCGAUGCUUUGUCUUCGUCUGCUGUAUAAAUAAGGCCAAACACUCUGGGAAACACAACAAGCACCUGCCAGAACUUCGCCAAGUGCUCCCGCGAUCUCUUCAGAAGUCCGUCUGCUCCUCAGUCUUUCGAGCUGCAAUUUGCUGUCUCUCCAGCGUCGCCAUGAAGCCCGCAAUUCUUGGUCUCUUGAUGGUUCUCUACGCCGGCGCAUACCUGGCACAGGACAUUAAUGACCAAAGCAAAGGCUGCACUGACGAAGAAGGUUGUGUCGAGGCUCCACAAGGCGCAGGAGAGCCACUGCACCGCGUUGCUAGACAGGCCAACGAGUGUUCAAAAACUCCUGAGGACUGUAAAGAGCUUAACGGAAUUUGCAUUCGUAAUGGUGAUACCUGUAUCGGUGACACGCAGAAACAACUGUGUCAGGAUGAGGACUGCACCUGCUGCAAGAAGCACGUGUGCGCCCAAACGCCAAAUAAAUGUUUGAAAAAUAACGGCGUGUGCAUAAACCUGAUGGACGAGUGUGCUGGUUCGAGAAACGACACCCUUUGCAACAAUGGCCAUUGCACGUGUUGCCAGAAGCACGUUUGCCAGAACACGCCAAAUAAGUGUUUGCAAAAUAACGGCGUGUGCAUAAACCUCAUGGACGAGUGUGCUGGUACGAGAAACGACACACUUUGCAACAAUCGCCACUGCACGUGUUGCCAGAAGCACGUGUGCCAGAAUACACCGAAGAAAUGUUCCGAGAAGAAUGGCGUGUGCAUAAACCUCAUGGACGAAUGUGCUGGUACAAAGAAUGACACUCUUUGCAACAAUCGCCACUGCACGUGUUGCAUUCCUGCCUAGAAAGGUUCCGCCCUUUCGAUGCAUCCUAUUUCUGUGUUUUUGAAGAUAUGUAAAUUUCAAAAUCAUGAAUAAAAAUCAAAAUACUUCCAUGAA